UACUAAUAAUACUUAACAAUAAAAGUCGGGACCAUGAUGAGGACUGCAGAAGCCAAUAGGAAGGAAACAAAUGGUAACACCACGGAGACGAAAUCUUUCUAAUAAAUCUUCCUUCACCUCAUAUUCCUUCUCAGUCUAUGUUAACCAGCUGGAAAAAGGAAAAAAAAAAAUUAUCCACGAGAGAAAUCUUUUGUCUAAAGGCUGCAUCCACAUGAUCAACACCAUGGUUACCAACCUCCUCUUCAUCUCUGUGGCCGUUCUUCUACUCUUAAGCCUCGUCAGAUUUCUUCGAAGAGUAUGGUGGGGUCCAGUCAGGAUGGAGAAGAUGAUGGAGGCACAGGGAGUACGAGGGCCUCGGUAUAAGUUCCCCCACGGGAACGCGAAGGAAGCCGAAGCGAUGGUGAAAGAAGCAAGGAGCAGGCCGAUGGAGCUGUCACACACCAUUGCACCGAGGGUCGAGCCUUACUUGCAUGCAUGGGUGAAAGAACACGGACGCAACUUCCUCAAAUGGCAUGGACCCUUGCCUGAGUUAGUAAUAUCCGAGCCAGAAUUGAUCAAAGAGGUGUUAUGUAACCGAGAGGGAGCUUACAUAAAAAAACCUGUAAGUGGGUUUUUGAAGAAGCUACUGGGAGAUGGGCUAGUGACAGCAGAAGGAAAGAAGUGGGUCCGGCAGCGUAAAUUGGCCAACCAUGCUUUUCAUGCUGAGAAUCUUAAGGUCAUGAUUCCAGCAGUAGUGAUCAGUGUGGAAGACCUGCUGAAAAAAUGGGUAGAGUACGAAAACAAGGAGGUGGAUUUAUUCCAAGAGUUUCGUGUUUUGUCAUCUGAUGUCAUUUCAAGGACAGCCUUCGGUAGCAGUUAUGUGCAAGGAAAGGAUAUCUUCACAAAAUUAGGGGAUCUAGUCAGAAUUACUUCUCGUAAUGCUGAGACUGUACGCUUCCCAUUUAUGAGGAAUAAUGAUGACAAAGAAGCAGAUAAAAUUGAGAAGGAAAUACGUGAUACCAUCAUAAAACUAAUUAUGAAGAGGAGAGAGAGUAAACAAAUUGGAUGCCCUGAUGGUUAUGGAAGUGAUUUACUUGGUUUACUCGUCAAAGCAAAUUAUGAGAAGGAAAGGGAUGAAAGGAUCACUCUGGAAGACAUCAUCGACGAAUGCAAAACAUUCUACUUUGCGGGGCACGAAACCACGACUGGCCUUCUAACAUGGACUUCUCUCCUCCUAGCCAUUAACACAGAUUGGCAAGAAAAGGCUAGGAAGGAGGCAACUGAAUUGUUUGGAGGAAGGCCACCUACUUGUGAUGACACCAACAUUACGAGACUAAAGACGAUGACGAUGAUCCUUAAUGAAUCCUUAAGAUUGUAUCCACCAGUGGUCUUGCUCGCUAGAACGGUAGCGAAGGAGGUGAGGUUAGGAAAGCUGGUUCUUCCAGCAGGCUUAAAGUUGGCUAUGUCAACCUUGAUUAUUCAGCAUGAUCCUCAACUAUGGGGAGAAGAUGCUCACCUCUUCAACCCAGAGAGGUUUGCUGAUGGAGUGGCAGGAGCAACCAACAACAGAAUGUGUUUCCUUCCUUUUGGCACAGGCCCUCGCUUCUGCGUAGGCCAAGGCCUUGCAAUGAUGGAGACCAAAAUUGCAUUAUCAAUGAUACUGCAGAAUUACACCUUCACUCUUUCACCAGGCUAUGUCCAUGCCCCCAUCAAAGAGCUCACUACCCGCCCCCAGUAUGGGCUUCAAGUCAUUCUCCAAAGGCUUUAGGUCUCCAAAGGCUUUAGGUCUCCAACAGGGUUGUAUCCAGUUAUGGAGCCUCAGUAUCUAUGAAACGCGCAUGAUUGAGUUAGAAAUGUAUUUUAACAGCCAUAUUUUGUUUUUAGCUGCACAUGCCAAGAUGCAAAAUAUGGGACUAUAUUUGCAUAUUAUGCUGAUGAAUCAAUUGUAACUUA